UUUUCUCUGGUGCCUAUCCAUUGAUAGUGGACACUUGCUCCCACAUGUCAUGAACUCAUGAUUUCCUAGCUUCCAUUUUAGCUGCAUCCGCCCCCACCCCCUCCUCCCCUUUCCCCCAAAUCCCUCCCUCUCUCUCUCUCUCUCUCUCUAAUCCACUAUAAUACUUGGAUCCCUUUAACAAACACAACACCUUAUCAGCUCUCUCACAAAAGAGAGUGAGAGAGAGAGAGAGAGAGAGAGAGAGGGUGGGGGCAUAAUAAGUGCUAAUUUGAUCUGGCUUGGAAGAAAGAGGGAAUUAAAGAGCUAGGCCAAUGAAGCCUCCUCUCCUCUCACAGAGAAAUAAGAGGCAUAUAUCUUCAUAUCUCAUCACAGUAUCAUUCAUCUUAUUCGUCGCAUUCCUCUACGGCGAGGAUCUGAGCUGCAUCCUCCGCCUCCCCUUCCGUUCCGACCACCUCUCGUCAUCGGUGCCGUCGCCUCAUCAUCAGCAGCAGCAGCAGCAGCAGCAGCAGCAGCAGCAGCAGGAUGAUCAUGAGGUCAAGGGGGUUUGCAAUGUCUUCGAGGGGAAGUGGGUGUAUGACGAGGCGGCGCGGCCGUUGUACCAGGAGGAGGAGUGUCCGUACAUCCAGCCGCAGCUGACGUGCCAAGAGCACGGCCGCCCCGAGCGGCGAUACCAGCACUGGCGGUGGCAGCCGCACGGCUGCUCACUCCCCAGCUUCAAUGCGACAUUCAUGUUGGAGAAGCUGCGCGGCAAGCGCAUGAUGUUCGUCGGCGAUUCCCUCAACCGCGGCCAGUUCGUUUCCAUGGUGUGCCUGCUCCACCGGAUCAUCCCGGAGGACGCCAAAUCCAUCGAGACCAACGGCUCUCUCACCGUCUUCAAAGCAAAGGAGUACAACGCGUCGAUCGAGUUUUACUGGGCGCCGUUCCUGGUGGAGUCGAACUCGGACGACGCGGUGGUGCACCGCAUCAGCGACCGCAUCGUGCGCGCCGGGUCCAUCAACAAGCACGCCCGCCAUUGGCGAGGGGUCGACCUCCUCGUCUUCAACACCUACCUCUGGUGGAUGACCGGCUCCAGGAUGAAGAUCCUGAGAGGAUCUUUUGAAGGGGACAUGAAGAAUAUUACGGAGAUGGAGACGGAGAACGCGUAUGGGUUGUCCCUGAGGAGGGUGGUGAGGUGGGUGGACAAGAACGUGGACCCACAAAAGACCAGGGUUUUCUUCGUCACCAUGUCUCCCACUCAUACACGGAGCCAAGAAUGGGGAGGCGAUCCUGACGGGAACUGCUACAACGAAACAACUCCGAUCACGGAUCCGACGUACUGGGGGGGCAGCUCGAACAAAGGUAUAAUGCAGGUCAUUAAGAAGGUAUUCGCCACCGCGCACGUCCCGAUCACUCUCCUUAACAUAACCCAGCUCUCAGAGUACCGCAAAGACGCGCACACGCAGAUAUACAAGAAGCAGUGGACACCGCUGACGCCCGAACGGCUCGCGAACCCCAGGAGCUACGCCGAUUGCGUGCACUGGUGCUUGCCCGGUCUGCAGGACACCUGGAACGAACUUUUGUAUGCUAAACUCUUCUUUCCUUGAUUGUUUCUAAAUGUUUUCAUUGUGCAGCACCACUCAUUGUUGUUAUAGAGGAGAUGAAUAAUAUGUACCAGGAUGGGGUUUCAAUUUUUUUUUUUUUUUCCAUUUUUUGUGGUUAUUUGGACCAAUUUGGUUGAUGGAGAAACAGUGAGAAAGUAUGUGUAACAAAAACAAAUUAAUCUAUGACAAUGAACAUCAUGAUCUUUCUUGAAUCU